AUGGAGGUUUCCAAGCAUUCAAAACAGGGGACUCCAGUGAAAGACCCAGUAGGGAGUGGAAAGAUUCUUCCAGGAAUCCAGUAUCCUCUUCCCAGAAAUCUUCAGAAUCUUGGCUUUGAUCGGCGUUUCUCAGUUUCUUCUUCAUGGGAUGGAACCCAAGGAAGUUUUCCAAGCAGGUCUUCUAGUGGAGGAAGAAGUCAAAGAAAUAGCUCUGAGUCUCAUGGGACAAUUGGUGGGAGGAGAUGGAAGAAACAGGUCAAGCCAACUUCCCGGAAACCAUUCAAGCUAAGAACUGAGAAACGAGGGAGAGUGAAGGAAGAAGAAUUCAUGAAGAAGAUCCAAGAAAUGACGGUCGAAGAAGAGAAACUAAGGAUCCCUAUUGCUCAAGGCCUCGCAUGGACAACAGAGGAAUAUGAGGUGUUGAUCAAACCUCAUGUUAAAGAGAUUAUAAGGCCGGUAUGCCCAAUACUGUGCUCCGACAUUCUAGCAUCAGAACGUUCAGAGUUCGACCAUAAAGUAGCCGAGAAAAUGAGUCUAAUCAGACAGUAUAAAAUGGAAAGGGCUAGGCAGGAUAAGAUGGCAGAAGAAGAAGAGAUAAAGAGGUUGAGAAAGGAGCUGGUUCCAAAAGCACAACUUUUGCUUUUCUUCGACAGGCCUUUCCUUCCCAUAAGGUCCUCAAAGAAUCCAACUAUUCCAAGGGAGCCAAAUUUCCGUAUGCCACAACACAAGAGGACAAAGUCUCGCCACUCCUUGGAGCUCGUCAAUAGAGGAACGCCACUAGAGGAUGAAAAGAGGGAUAUGGAGAAGAAGGUACCUUAUGUUUUCUGUGAUGGUGAUGCCUUGGAGAUGCUGGCAGCUCCUCGUCUUAUGCUCUUUUGCAAUGGUGCAGGGCUGGAAUAUGAAGAGAUAGAGUAG